AUGAAGAUCCUGGUAUUCAUCUUAGUUUUUCUACACCUCUCAGAGGGGUUGGAAAGAGUCAUUCUGAAGAAAGGCAAGUCUAUUCGUCAGCUGAUGAAGGAGCGUGGUGUGCUGGACACAUUCCUAAAGACCCACCCAAGGAUUGAUCCGGCUGCCAAAUAUUUCAAUAAUGAUGCUGUUGCUUAUGAGCCCAUCACCAACUACUUGGAUUCAUUUUACUUUGGGGAGAUCAGCAUUGGGACACCACCCCAAAAUUUUCUGGUCCUCUUUGACACUGGCUCAUCCAAUCUGUGGGUACCCUCCACCUACUGCCAGAGCCAGGCUUGCUAUAAUCACAACAGGUUCAACCCUAGCCUGUCCUCCACCUUCAGAAACAAUGGGCAAACUUAUACACUGUCUUAUGGCAGUGGCAGCCUUAGUGUGGUCCUGGGAUAUGACACCGUGACUAUUCAGAACAUUGUCAUCAACAACCAGGAGUUUGGCCUGAGUGAGAAUGAACCCAGCAAUCCCUUCUAUUAUUCCGACUUUGAUGGGAUCUUGGGCAUGGCCUACCCAAACAUGGCAGUGGGCAAUUCCCCGACAGUCAUGCAGGGCAUGCUACAGCAGAGCCAGCUCACUGAACCCAUCUUCAGCUUCUACUUUUCUCGUCAACCAACCCGUCAGUAUGGUGGGGAACUCAUCCUGGGAGGUGUGGACACCCAGCUUUAUUCUGGUCAGAUCGUCUGGACCCCUGUCACCCGGGAACUCUACUGGCAGAUUGGUAUCCAGGAGUUUGCUAUCGGUAACCAGUACACAGGCCUGUGUUCCGAGGGCUGCCAGGCUAUUGUGGAUACUGGAACCUUCUUGCUGGCUGUUCCUCAGCAGUACAUGAAUUCCUUCCUUGAGGCAACAGGAGCCCAGCAGGCCCAGAAUGGUGAUUUUGUGGUCAACUGCAACUACAUACAGAGCAUGCCCACCAUCACCUUUGUAAUCAGUGGGGCCCAGUUCCCUCUGCCUCCUUCUGCAUAUGUCUUCAAUAACAAUGGCUAUUGUAGGCUUGGAAUUGAGGCCACUUACCUGCCUUCUCCCACUGGACAACCGCUGUGGAUUCUGGGAGAUGUCUUCCUCAAGGAAUAUUACUCGGUCUAUGACAUGGCCAACAACAGGGUGGGCUUUGCUUUCUCUGCCUAG